UUCAACUUGGUGUUUUACUGGAGGAAGUUAGAAAAAGGGAGAUAUGAUGCAUGCAGAAGUAACAGUUCUGUUUUUGACACUAUUUUUUUUGCUUGGUUUUUACAAAGGUAGUUCACUCACCGAAGUCCCUGCAUGCCCAGAUCACCCAACAACAGCAGCUCCUGCGAACGUCAGUGGGACAGCACAGCACACAGGGUGAUUGAAUUGUGCUUUAUUUGUUCAGUAAUGUCUGAGGAAGUGACUUACGCUACCCUCAAAUUUCCAAAUCCUUCUCAGUCAACGAAACUUCAGGAGAGCUGCAGUCUCAAGAGAACAGAUAACUAUGAAAUGCCAGAAUUGGAGCUGAAUAAUGCAGCUGAAAAUGGACCAACAAGCAUUGAGAGCACAGCUGAGUUGCCAGAAAGCAUAGCGGUGAGAGGCCUCCCCGGAGGACAUUCUGUUCCAUUGAAAGUGUGGGGCCUUGUUGCUUUCAUUUUGCUAAUGCUGAACCUGGUAGUGCUGGCUGGACUGGGAACCCUGAUUGUAAUGAAUUACCAUGAACUCUUCUCCAGCAACAGAACAGCUUAUGACAGGCAACAAAACAUAAUAGAACAGCUGGAGAGAAAUAUAAUAUUAUACAGGGAUAUGUAUAAAAAUAUCUCAAAUGAGCAAGUUGCUUUCAAAAAUAUGUUUGAAAAUACAUUAAAAUCGUGGAAAAAAUUUACCUCAAAAUACGAUGAAGGUAUAAAGAAGAAGGAAAAUGACCUCAGAUCUUGCUCAUGUUCAGAGUCAUGCAUAUGGUACGGAAAUAGUGGGAAGAAUUUCUCCUCCCUGAUAUGUGACAAUGAGAAAAAUGGCAAUAGAACUCAGCUGUUCAUUAGCUGUCUUCCAUCACCUGUCUCCUGGAUGCAACUGAAUUGUACAUUACCCAAGAAAAAUAAGACGACAGAAAAUGUUUCAAAAUUUUGCAUUUUACCUGUUUGGCAGCCUUAUAAAUGUUUCAAGUGCUGAAACAGUGAAGUAGGCAAUAUUCAAUGGAAAUGAAAUAAUUGGAAAAUCUGAUGACUCCAUCAGUUAAUAUUUGUGGAAACAAAGUAGAUAUGCCACAUUUUUUAUCCUAGGUAAAUGCAAACUUAUAGCUUAUUAUAACACCACAGGAUAUAUAAAAACAUUCUGCCAGUUGAAGCCAUGCACAAUCUCAGAAUCAAAGGGAAAAUUUUGAUUUUUUUGUCUCAAAACAUUAAAAUUUAUAUUUCUGUUGAUGAUAUAUAUAUGUGUAUAUAUGUAUAUACAUAUAUAUACAUGUAUAUGGGAAUAAAAAAUAGUGAAAUUAAUAUUACUUAGUACAUUAUCGUUUAAAAUAUUAGAAACAUUGAGAAUUAAAGUGGUUUAUUUCAUUUUUUAAGAAUUGCAUGAAUAGUGGUACAACUUUUUCUGAUUGAACAGCCUGAACAUCUUUCCCAUGCCUUAGCAAACUGUCAUACUCCUUUCUAAGUUGGGACCAGCUUUUAACAUUUUAUUCUUUGUGCUCUCGCAGAUAUGAAAUAUUUUCUACAGUUCCUUUCACGUGACGUUUUUGGCUGGUGUCACUUCUUUAUCACAACUACUUUUCUUAUGUAUGCUAAUAAAUUUCUUUGAUAAGUUUCUCUGAAAUAAUAGCAGUGUCAACAUUUCUAUGGUCAGCAUUUGUACAGCGUGGUAAAAUUUUAUAGUGCUUGCUCUGGAGUUUGCAAUGUGUGUAUAUAAGGCUCUGAGCAUCUAUUCUGACUCCAAAAAAGCUAGCUUUUCUGCCUUCUGAAAACCGUUGUUAUUCACCACCAAAAUCUUUAGAAACUAAAUACUCAGUAAACAUUUCCUUUAUCUUCUUGCUUUAAUUGAAAUCCACUUUUCCUUUUAGGUUCCCCGCAGAUAUCCCAAGUGUUGGUGGUGGCUUUGUUUACCACAUUCCAUAUACUAGUGAACCCGAAGGUUCUCUUUUUUCUGUUUUCAAUUUCCAGAUCAUCUUUCCUCCCCCCAAUUCUAAAAAUUUCUAAUGCUGACUCUUGACAUCAGACUACUACAACCAUUACACAACACUGACUGUUUCAGUCAUCUUCCAACUCGUGGUCACUUCCCUGAUUCCUUAAAAAUUUCAGCUCACUGUUAAUCUCUCUAGCACUAAUACUCUCCUAAUAUUUAGUGCUUUGUCUACAUAGAGUCUAUGUCAUAGACCGUCCUUCCAACAUUCUAGACACUUAAUUACUUGACAUCCAGUAAUCUUGUAUUUUUUUCUCACUUAUUCUAAUAACCCCUUUGGUCAUAAUCUGCCGGGAGCC